AUGUCUAAUAGCUUUUUUGUUUCUUUUAGUGUUUCCUCCAAAGUGUCUUGUAUCAAAAAUUUCAAAAGAGACAGAGUUCCAUAUAAAUCUCGGCAAUCAUUCCGUGAACAAAUAACAGACACCUCUGUAGUUUCCAACUUGUCAUCAGGAAACUUACCACAGUAUUCUCCAAAGUGUUCUGAAUUCACUAUAUUGUUGCAUACUUCUAAUGCGGCUACUCGGUGA